AUGGACAGUGAGUGGAGUGACACGCCAGGCAUGAGCAGUCUUAAUAACAACGUCCAGUUUUCUGACGACUUGGAUUACUGGCGAAACCACUCAUAUCCAGUCGCCUUCCAAAAUCAUGCUGCGGGCUUUGUCCUCACAGGUCAGAACAUCUCAAUCAAUGGUUAUGGUACCGGCGGCAUUGACGGAAAUGGGAAUGUAUGGUAUUCAGCCGAGAAAGGCCACACGCAGCCAGGAAGACCGAUGCCAUUCGUCUUCUGGAAUGUCUCCGAUGUCAGCGUGGAAAAUUUCUACGUGAAAGAUCCCCAGCUGUGGAGUGUUAACAUCAUGAAUGGGACCAAUAUGCGCUUCGAUAACAUCUACUGCAAUGCCACCGCGGUUGAUGCGCCGUACGGCGAGAAUUGGGUCCAAAACACAGACGGGUUUGACACGAUGGACGCAAAAAAUAUCCAGCUCACCAAUUUCGUUUAUCAAGGAGGUGAUGAUUGUAUAGCCAUCAAGCCGCGGUCAUACAAUAUCGACAUUCACAAUGUGACAUGUCGCGGUGGCAAUGGCAUCGCGAUUGGCAGUCUGGGUCAAUACCAAGAAGAUUCAGGCGUUGCCAACAUACGCAUCGAUAAAGUGAAAGUGAUCCGAUAUAAUGAGGACAUGCACAACAGCGCCUAUAUCAAAACAUGGAUCAGUGCUCUCCUGCCGCAGACCUCCUAUGAAAGCGCCGGGCUACCUCGGGGCGGCGGCUGGGGUAGUAUUCGAAAUGUGCUGUUUUCAAACUUUGAGAUACAGGGAGCGAACGCUGGACCGUCUAUCACACAGGACAAUGGAAACAACGGGUCCUACUCCGGGACAAGUUUGAUGAGUGUUUCGAACGUUGCGUUUGUGAACUUCACGGGUAGCAUCGAGACCACUUCGCAUGUGGCGUCGGUAUCUUGCUCCAAGCUCCAUCCGUGUUAUAAUAUCGACUUUGACAAUGUCGUGCUAUAUGGGAAGAAUGCCACCACUCCAGGAUCUGGGACUUGCAAGUACACCAGUGUAAAUGGAGUACACGGACUUGAUGGGUGCUAA